CUCUGUGGCCGGAAGCAUCUCGUCCGUCAUUUUUGAUCUAUAGAUUUUACAAAUCCUUGUAAAUUGCAUUGAUAGUUUUUGCGAUUAUUUAGUGAUUUCAUUGUAAUAUAAUUAGUUUUUGCAUAGCAAUAGGCUAGUUUCCUUAGUGUCUUCGAGAGGUACACGAAAAAACAAUGUCUGGUGAACCUGAGGUAGCACACACACCAGAGGGUGAGGAGGAGGAAAUCAAGUCCACCUACAAACCUCCCCCGGAGAAGACCAUUGAGGAGAUCCUGGCAGCGGACCAGGAGGAUGAGUCCUUGCGGAAAUAUAAGGAGGCUCUGUUGGGGCAGGCGCAGACCGGAACUGUUAUUGUUGACGCCUCGGAUCCCCGCAAGGUGAUAGUGAAGAAGCUGGCGCUGUGCGUCGUGGGCAGAGACGACGUGGAAUUGGACCUUUCUGGAGACCUUACUGAUCUCAAGAAACAGGUGUUCGUCAUCAAGGAGGGCGUGCAAUACCGGAUAAGGAUCGACUUCAUCGUGCAGCGGGAAAUUGUGCACGGCCUCAAGUACGUCCAGAAGACGUAUCGGCUCGGAGUACCAGUGGACAAAAUGACCCACAUGGUCGGCUCGUACCCCCCAAAAACCGAGAUCCAAUCCUACACCACGCCCCCCGAGGACGCGCCGUCCGGCAUGAUGGCGCGAGGCUCCUACACCGUCAACAGCCUCUUCACGGACGACGACAAAAACGUGCAUCUGCAGUGGGAGUGGAGCUUCGAAAUCAAAAAGGACUGGAAAGACUAAGCUUGGUAAGAGACUGGAUUGAAGUGCCAUUGGGAUUGUGGUUCGAUUUUGAUUAUGAAAUGGGAUUACGGGAGAUUCGGCUAAAAAUCUAUGGAAUUAUGUACACAAAGUAAUAUAAGUAUGCCUAUAGUUGCGUUUCUGUCGCUGCUAUCUCAAUCAAUAGAGAAAUAAAUAAGCGUAGAGUGCUUACUAUGUUCAUCAGUUUCCUUACUUAAUAAUAAUGAGCUAUAUGCUCCAGGGGUGGAAGUGAAACAUGCAUAAGACGCGAGUUAGCAGUGGCUGUUAACAGCCACUGGGUAAGAAGCGGCGUACACGUCACGACACACCUGACCCGCUCAUACCGGUGUUGCUCCUGGUGGUCUUUACGACGACAGUUUCAGGGGCCCAUUUAGUGGUACCCGCCUGCCUCGAUAAGUAGUGAAAACAUUGUUAUAGUAGGUGCCCGGACGUCUUUGCAAUAACCCAGUCUCAUUGUCCACCCAAACUUCAAUCCAUGGACCGUUAUACUGUUCACUUUUUCUACAAUAGUCCCAAUGCCUGCUGCGACCGGUUCAUGGGUGUCUAUUGUUGCGCCUGUGAAUUGGUUGCAGCAGGCGUUCUAAAUGACACUAAAGCUCUCCCAGAGGCCUCUACGUGUCUAUAUCCCCACGCAAGCCUAUCAAAAGACCGGAAUUUAUAGGCCCGUGAAAUCCAAGGUGAUACAAAUAACAAUAAGUUGUAUAGGUAUCGUAAAACAUAUUAUGAAUAAGUUUUGAAACUCGCUUAAAUCUUAUUAUAUAUGGGUAUUAUCUAGGAGUGGGCACUCCAAGCUUACUUAUUUCUCUAUGCUUGAUCUGAGUAUAUCACUCAUGUAAUUCAUAGUUAUAUUAUAUUAAUCUAGAUGUGGCAUGUAGCCAGGCAAGCAUUUUCUAUUUGUUCCGUAUAAUUGUGAAAUCCUUAUAGAGUUCAUACUUGGACAAAAGCUACCAAUUGCAAUUGAAAGUGCUUAUUUGAAUAUUCCUGUAUUGGGCACUCAUGUGUUAAAUGAAAUGGAUUAUAAUGGUAUUUUGUCUAAAAUGUGUGAUGGCAUUUUAUUUGUAAGUUGUGUCUACUCUCCCGUUCUCCCCUAGGCCAAGAAAUUCCAUUUUGAAAUUAUACCCAGUAUAUAAGUUUCCUUCAUGUUACUUUUAAAUGCCCAAUUGGAUACUUAUAACAAUCCAGUACCCGACUCUUAAGCGGUCUUCACAUUAGACGCGGAUUCGCACGCCGCUCCGGUGUGCGAGCGGGACAUCGCUAUAUACGCUGUCACGCUCAUACACCGGAACGACGUGCGCAUCCGCAUCAGUGUGUUAACCGCGUUAGACUUGUGUCGUUAUAGGUGGCUGACUGAAAUAUUAAAUAUUGACAAACUUAAUAUGUAAGAGUCACUAGCUGUAUCCAUAUUUCAUUAUUUUCUACUUAAGAAAUUAAAAUUAAUAAAUUUCAUUCAGGCUUGACUUGAUCGAAUCGAAAUUAAGACUUAAACUUGCUAAAAUUUAGUCAGGUUUGGUCAAAUCAGUACUUAGUACUAAUCGCUAUUGAAAACCAAAUAUCGUACCCUCACUAAGCUAAAGUGUUUAAGAAAGCUUUGGAUUCGCUUGUACCUUUUUGAUAGUACCUUUAUACCUUUCAAUAAUAAUAUACAAAAUAAAUAUAUAUGUCCUUUUCCCUAAUUUCAGUAGAUCAUACAUGAGCCUUAUUGGAAUCACUAUUAGUAUAUGUAAAGUUAGAAGUAGAUUACGAAGAAUCCUACAAUAUUUUUGUACCUAUUAGAUACAUUCAAAUACUCAUACCCUAGUAUUAGGAGUAAAAAAGAUCGAUAUAUGCAAUGUAUUUACUUAUUGUCUAUUAAAAUACACUUGGCUAGUAAAUGGUAAAAAAAUACAAUCAGUGUUGAUUACAAUAUAAAAUAAAAAUUAAACAAAUCACCAUUAAUAAUAACUAUCAAAUAGCUUUUACUUUUUGCUAGCUGGGUCAUCACAAUAUGACUUUAAUUAUUAACGUAUAUACAAGUAUCGUAGAAUAAAAUAUAGUAUAACAAUGUUAUUAGUCAGCCCACUCGCUAGCGACACAAUAUGCUAUCAACUAGCAUUCCUUGUAAAAGCAUUUCAAGCCAAGCCGGUCUAUGCGUGAUGGUACAGUCAGAGAAAUAAUGUCAAGACUGACGUAUGAAUGCAUAAAGUAGUGGUAUGAGAACGUUAUUUUUUCGACUGUACUUGUAUGCGGAAAGAGCGUUGUCUCAAAGUUAUUGACGGUAUUAUAUAUAUUCGAUUACCGGUGUUACUGUGUAAGCAUAAAAUCUAUAUAUACAACGGGCUUACCGCUUAGUAGUACUGCUUUAAAGCAAAAAAAAAAACUAGUAUCUAUCUUAAAUUACUCUUUUACUGAGUGGACAACUAGAAAUUUGUUGGGUGAAAAAAUAAAUUGUAUCGUUUGGUGCUUACACAGUUCACCAAAAAUGUAGUAUUAAACGUAUAUAAGAACAUUGGUGCACCAAAAAAGCUAUAUUUUAGUGAUUCACAGUGCUUCUAACGCAAAUCAGUGCCAGUUAAUGUUAAUCAUGGCAAUAAUUAUGAAAGUAUUAAUGUAUGGAAGGGGUUAAGAAUUACUAACGAAACUAGCGUAUAGAUGAAGCAUUUUUGAGGCAUUACGCAAUUUUUGGUCUCCUAAAAGAUCGUUUUCUCUAGUUGUGGAGUAGACUUUGCAGCCAGGCUAGCACAGGAGAUAGACUACCCGUCCCUCUUUAAUUAAUACAGUUAAAAAAAGGCGGAGAAUCUAUCUCGCGGGUGAGAUACUGUCGCGCGCCUCCUGCGCUAGGCCUUCAAGUCCCAUAUCGUACAUCAAUAUACGCUAGUAUCUGUUAUUCUUAUAAGCGGGAGGUUUUCUUAAUAUUAGACCUUAAGCGUUUGCAAUAAAGUGUAUUAUCAAUUCUUAUUGGAGAGGCUGGUCACUCUGCAAUAAUUUCUCAAUCUUUCGUAGCUUGAGAUGUACCUAUGUGACAGUAGCUCUUCUUCUACAUUAGAAUUUCUCCUAUUUAACGUUCGAGGCCCAAGUUAAACUACUGUUUUACAUGCCGUUCCUAUGACUUAAGGUUUGCUCAGCUUUUUUUAAACUUUACAUUCUAAGAUAAUAAUGUGAAUAAGUGUAAUAAUUUUGGUCUUCCGAAAUGUUUGGUAUCUACACCUUUACUCUGGGCUUCGAACUUAACAAAAUACAAAAGAGGGUGCUCUACUGUAUAUCAUUCUGGUCUUAAUGUACAAUAACUUGUUCACCACUCAAAUUCGUGAUUUUUUUUACAAUUUAUAUCAUAACAAAUAAUUUGGUUAAAAGUGAUAAGGAAGUAUGUAUAGAUUACUUUUUAAUGGUAUCAUGGUAGAGUAAAACAUAGUUAUGGUUACCGGUGGCGUUGGUUUCAUAGUUAAACAGUAACUUACUCAACUAUUGAUACAAAUUAAAUUGAAAUUGACGGGAAGUCUAAAAAUUCAAUAAUUCAAACAUUAAAUCCUUAUCAAUAUUUUGAAGUACUUAUAGCUAAAUCCCGUGUUUUAACACUUUCGGUGCCAAGCGCCCCAUUUCCAAUACAAAAUGAUGAUGAUGAUGAUGAUACGUGUUCUUGGCAGUGAAUGUAACUUACUGUUUAUCUCAAAAUGAACGCCACUGUUUGUAACUUUUUUUUGCUAUUUAUGGUCAAUAUGCUUCAGACCCAAUGCUUGAUUCCCUUUAGUAUGGACGCAAGUAUCGUCUCGUUCUUAUCUGUAUAUUCUAUAAUAGUGUCUUAAAAAGACCAUGUCACCAUAAGAGGCAUAUUGCGGACCACUUCGUUCGUCUAUUUGCCUUAAUUGCACGUAAAUGCAGAGUGAUAGAGAGACAGAUAUUGAAAAUUCGAUAUUUGCGGUAGGCCCUCAGGAUAUCGUGUCAAAAUUGUCGUCCGUACCUUUUGACAUUUAUUUUUUUAGGCGAUUUAAAUGAAAUAUUUAGCUUAGAAUAGACAUUCACGGAACUCUUAGACUAGACGUGGGGUCACUUACUUCCUUUUAGUAUCUAUAGUUUCAAAUGUUUGGUCUAUUCUUAGUUUGUGCUAUAUUUUUGACGAUUUUUAUUUGUUACUUUACUGUAAUAAUGGAAUAUUUCAAUAGAUGUGUAAAGUUUUAUGGAAUGUAAUAGUUUGGCCAAAAAUAAAGCUUAUUUAUUCAA